AUGAUCCAACUCACCAAAUUCCUAAACGAAAAUGGAUCUUCAUUCACUGUCAACAUCUACCCCUUCAUAAACCUCUACAUCGACUCCAAUUUUUCUAUGCAAUACGCAUUCUUCGAUGGAAACGCAACUUUGGUGAACGACGGCGACACCAACUAUACAAAUAUGUUUGAUGCCAACUACAAUACCCUCGUCUGGGCCAUACAAAAGAACGGAUUCACAAAUAUGGGAAUCAUAGUGGGUGAAUUUGGGUGUCCAAGUUAUGGAGAUCGAAACGCAAAUAAUCAAUUAGCUCAAAGGUUUAUGCAAGGAUUCUGCGAGAUGCCCUUAAUACAGAGAGAAGGAACGAAUUUUCUUCCACCUGCUCGAAUUUUCAUCGCCAAAACCCUAUGGUAUGAUGUCCCUCACUGUCUCCCUCUUUCUUUCUCACAAAUACACGUUCUCAUCGAUUCCAAUACGCAAUCGAUUCCCCUAUUCAGUUUUGACUUGAAAUUCAAAUGGGUUUCCGUAAAUGUUGUUCCUUUUUUCAUUAUCAAUCUCAUAUGCAAUUGUUAA